UAAACAAACCAGUAGGUUUCACAACUUUGAUUUAAAGGGAAGACAUAGAUGAAGAUAAUGACUUAUGUUAAUUUAAAAUUCAGCUGAACGACGUGUAACUUUUUUUUUUUUCUUAUUUAUUUAUUUUCUGUCGACUGUUUACUUUCCAGGCAUGGAUGCUGAGGGCCCCCAGGCCCUGUGUGACCUCUGCAUGGCUCAGGUGUGUCGCAGUCUGGAUGUCCUGUGCAGCAGACGAGCAGACGGCUCCAUGAGCCUCAGCUGGGCCCCGGUCUUCCCACAGGAGAUGGCAGACCAGCUACUGCGUAAGAUGGCAGCUAAAGAGAUCCUGAAUGACACAACUGUUGGGAUUUUCCGAAACAGCAAAGAGCUCCGCCUGCGCCGAGCCUCCAUCCGCUGCUGUCCAGUGUCCGCAGAAGCUUUCCGCCUGGCCCUCUGCCCUCACCGGCUCCAGGAACUCGAUGCCUCCUGGGUCUCUGGCGGCCUCACUGCGGCGAACAUCGUCUCAGGCCUGGCCUCCAACCCUGAGUGCAGAGCCAGCCUGCAGAGGUUGUCCCUCACUGGGCUGCAUGUGGACUGGCAGUCUCUGGUGGUGGAUGGAGGGACCCAUGCUGGCUUCAGCUCCUUGCGGGGCUUGAGGACGCUCAACCUCGCAAACACAGACCUCACUGAUGCCGUCCUCGAGGAUAUCUGUACUCUCCCUCAGCUGGAGAGCCUGGACAUCUCCUGUAGCGCUGUCACAAAGCUUACUGCGCUCCUCGAUUGCAAAAACACACUGAGAUCUUUGACUGUCCAUCGGCUGCGGCAGUUGGAUAUGUCGCCUGUCAGGCUGCUCUCUGUCCUCAGCCGACUUCACGCUCUCAGGCAUCUAGACUUUUCAGAGGACCACUUUGCCGUGGAUGACAGUGACGGGAGAGACGGGGAUGAGACAGUGCGGCGGAUUCUUGAGGAGAGUCCCCAGGUCCUUCCAUCCCUUGUUUCUCUAGAUAUCUCUGGAAGGAAGAGAAUCACUGAAACAGCAGUCAGAGCGUUUGUAGAGGCCAGAGGUGGACUGAUCUUCCUGGGCCUGCUAGCCACUGGGGCUAGCUCCUGUGACGUCCUGUCUUCACAUGAAAACCUAAAAGUAACUGGAGAGGCUAAUGGGAACCAGGUGUGUGAGGCCCUGAGAAGGUACAGAGACCGCGAGUGCUUCAUACGAGAGGCCCUCGUCCAUCUCUACAAUCUAACCACUGACAUUGACAAACCACAACCGGACAUGCUAAAGCUGGUACUGAGUGGGAUGCAGAGCCACCCCACCUCCCUGCACGUCCACCUGGUGGCCACAGCGUGUGUGUUCAACCUGACCACUCAGGAUCUGGCGGAGGAAAUGCCUGUCAGCCUGCUUAGCUCCACCGUCACCCAGCUGCUGUACGCCAUGAAGACCUUCCCCAACAACCAACAGGUGCAAAAGAACUGCCUGCUGGCGCUCUGCAGUGACUACAUCCUUCAGGAUGUCCCCUUUGACAAGUAUUUAGCUGCCACCCUGGUGAUUAACUGGCUACGCAGCCACGAGGAUCCGACCCUUCAGAGGAUGGCCGUGGCUGUCAUCUCCAUUCUGGUGUCCAAGUUGUCCACAGAGGAGACGGCUCAGCUCGGCAAGGACGUCUUUAUUAUGAAGCAGCUGCUGGCGAUUGUGCAGCAGAAAGCCAUGGAUGGAGUGGUGGACUCAACUCUGAGGUUUGCCCUGAGCGCUCUGUGGAACCUGACAGAUGAGAUGCCUGCUGCUGCUCUCAAUUUUAUCGAGUGCCAGGGCCUGGAGCUGUACGAGGAAGUUUUGGAGACCUACUACACUGAACCUUCCAUUCAGCAGAAAGUUCUUGGCCUCCUGAACAACAUAGCAGAGGUGGAGAUGUUACAGGCCGACCUGAUGGAGAAGGACCUGCUGGAGCACAUCCUCAGCCUGCUGCAGGACACCCAGCUGGACGUGGGGGUCCGUUACUUUGCAGGGGGCACUCUGGCACAGCUUGCCUCCAGAUCAGAGGCCUGGACCCUGGACGAGGAUUUCCGCAGCACCAUACUGGAGGAGCUGCAUGCAUGCAUAAUGACAUGGACACAACUCGAGAGAGAAAUGGUCUCAUACAGGUCGUUCCGUCCAUUUUGUCCUCUGCUUCAGACUUGGCAGCCCUCAGGAGUGCAGCUGUGGGCAGUCUGGGCCAUACAUCUGGUCUGCAGUCAGAACACUUCACAUUACAGCAGCAUGAUGGAGAACGAGGGCGUGACUGAACUUCUGAGGGCUCUGGCUGCACAUGCUGACACACACGACGACAUUAAAGGACUGUCAGGCAGCAUCUUGCACAUGGUAGAGCAACUCCGGAGUCACUCGGGGUCCUCCAACGACCAAGUGGGGCCUGGAAACUCUUGACAGAAGUGCAAAGACAUUGAUUUCAUUCGUUUAUUUUCAAAUGAGCUGUGCCUAAAAUGUGCUAAACAUGAGGUUGCAGAUACAGUGUUGGAGCACAGACAGUUCAUGUCAGUCAUCUGGGAAUGAAAGUUUAAUGGAAUGAAUUAAUUUUAUAUAGAGAGUAUGAUCACAGGUUGUGAAAGGUUUUCCUGUCAUGAUCUAGUUUAAAGGUCCAAUGUGUAAGAUUUAGGGGGAUUUAUGAAGUGGAAUUAGUUGCGAGGAUUGCAGAUUACAACCAACUUUCCUAGCUAUAAUUCCUUCAGUGUUGGUUUUUCGGGUUUUUAAUCAGGAGCCACAUUAUCCACAGAGGUCUCCUCCUCUCCAAAACAGACAGAUCUGAUGAUUUAAACUACUAAAAACACUGAAUAAAACAGUUUCACUAAAAAAAAAAAAAAAAAAGUAUUUUUUCGAUGAUUCUCGCUGUGGAUGGGCUGCUAACAACAGUGGCUGACACGACAAUGUGACUGGCCCUAUCUGGAGCCAGUGUUUGGCUUGGCGAGCUCCAUGGACAAGGACCCGCCCCCUAUGUAGACAUAAACGGUUUAUUCUAAGGUUAAGAAAACGCAACAAUUCUGAUUCUCAAUUGAUUAUACACUAAAGAAAAUAUAACAUUAUAUUCCAUAUCUGACAGUAUUUCCCCCUAAAUCUACACACUGGCCCUUUAAAUCUGCUGAUUUAGUUUAAAAUCACUUAGAGAUACAAACUGUUUACAGGCAGCAGUGAAAGCAUAUUUGCACUAUUCUGAGGUCAAAUUACUGUCAAGUUGGAAAAUGUCUGACCUCAUUAAAGUGUUGCAGAAGUUAGAGACUAAGCUUGUGUUGUGAAUCAUGCCUAGACUCAGAACCUGUCACUAGAGGGUGCUUUGGUACUGCAGCUUCAGGGCUGUUCUGCCUUUAAGGUCUGUUUGUGUAAAAUAUUCAGUCAUCAGAUGUUUAGAUUCAAGAUCAUGUUCCUGUGUCUGUACUGAGGGCCUCAUUAUAAAGCAGUCAUGCUGGAAAAUAAGUUCUCUCUCCCCCUCUUCCUCUUCUGCUCCCUCUCCCCUCUGGUAUCUUAGAUGCUGAAUUCAUUAUAUUUUAUGUAACACACAGCUGGAAGACAGAACCGCUCGUAGGCAUCCACAGAGUCUAUUCUAAGUUGGCCUAUUAAUAAAUCCUUUUGAAAAGUGGAUUAACAACCUCUCGUGAAUAUUUUAGUUGUACCACCGUGUUCAACUUUUAAGUGUCAAAUCCCCUUAAUUCACAUUUUUAAAUCCCCCAGAGAAAUUCAAAGGGAUCUGCUAAAUAGAAUAUGGCUUUUCGUGCUCGUGAUUCAUCCAGGUUAGUCAUCUCCUUGCCAGUGGUAGGCUGUGUGUGCUGCGUAAACUGAUCCAGGAUCAGCAUUUAACUACCGCUUCAACCCCUAAACAUUAAUGUCGCAGUCCUGUGGGAUCAGAGGUCGCGCGCUCCGUAGUGAACAUGGUGUAGUGUUACUGUGAGAAGUUCAAGUCGAGAGUCAUGUGGGAAAAUGCCACCGCUCUCCAGGGGCUGUAGGUUACUCUGUAGCGUGUAUGGUGACUGCACGUGAGGGGCGAAGGCGAACAGAGGAGCCAAAGGGUAAUAGUGGCGUGCAAUGCGUUAAUCAGGUCUUAAGUUUGUGGUUCAAAGAGCCUAUCAAUAUUCAAGUGACACACGAGACAGAGACAGGCUGAAAGACUGUAUCAGAUAGACAGAGGAGGAAACAAAGGAGGAAAGAAUUGUCAGAGCUCGUGCCCUUAUUCCUUUUCUUGCAGAGGGUUAGAAUAGUAGAUUGAUACCACUCUCAGGUUUGUACGCUAAAUAUGAAGUUACAACUAGCAGCCAGUUAGCUUAGCUUAGCAUAAAGACUGGAAACAGGAGCACAUGUUCCCAGGGUCCUGUGUCCCUAAGCUCAGUAUCUUAUUAAUAUGACUCGUGAAAGAGACCUUUCAAAGGGCUUUAUGUUCUCAGCAAUGAUUUUCCCCAGGCCACAUGUUCUAUGUAUGUUUCCCUGGGUCAGUAUGUUGAAAUCACCCACCCACAGCAUCUUACAGCUAACUGAUGUAAUACUCCUUGAGAUCUACACCCUUAAAUUUGUGAGUAUCAGAGAUUUCUUGACUUAAACACUGAUGUCUCCAAAGUGACUUAGCAGAUUUUCACCACUCAAACGGCACAUAAAACGUCCAUAUCCCUUCUUUUUCAUUUUGAACUGCGAAGCUAGCCCCUACCACUUGCUGACAACAUUAGUUUAUAUCAGGAGACAUAGGACCCUGGGAACAUGGGGAUGACCCAGAAGAAACAGCUAGCCUGGCUGUCAAGCGGUAACAAAAUCCGCCUACCAAUGCCUCCCCAUGUCGUGGGAUUUUGUGAUAACCACACAUUAUUAUUGCAACAUUCAACUGGGCCUAUACAAAAAAUUAUGAAUGAUUUUUUAAUUGACUGUAUCAGUAU